GCAUCAAGUGAUCGUCACUCUGUAUUCGCAUACGUUGACCGGCCUGUCAAUUUUCUCGGAGGGCGUGUCAGGACGGGACUUCGCUGAAGGAGAUCCGCAGAAACCAGAAACAGUCGCAGAACCAAAAUGUCCGCAGUUCCCGACGGGAAGAAGCUCGUCCGCAGCCCCAGCGGGCUCCGCAUGGUGCCGGAGAACGGAGCCUUCAACAGCCCCUUCUCCCUGGACGAGCCGCAGUGGGUCCCAGACAAAGAGUGCCCCAGAUGUAUGCAGUGUGACACCAAGUUCGACUUCAUCAGAAGAAAGCACCACUGUCGGCGGUGCGGUCGCUGUUUCUGCGAUAAAUGCUGCAGUAAGAAGGUGGUUCUGCCCCGGAUGUGCUUCGUGGAUCCGGUCCGACAGUGUGCCGAGUGCAGCCUGGUGUCCCAGAAGGAGAUGGAGUUCUACGACAAGCAGCUCAAAGUGCUCCUGGGAGGAGGAGCCUUCGUCGUCACUUUGGGAACGACAGAGAAGUCUGAAACGAUGACGUGUCGCCUCUCCAACAACCACAGGUACCUGUUCCUGGACGGUGAAACCCACUUCGAGGUGGAGUUGUCUCGGAUCUCCAGCAUGCAGAUUUUAACAGACGGGACGAGUCCAGGAGAGAACGAUAUUCACACUUACACCAGCCUGCUGGACAGUCAGUAUCUCUCUGAAGGAGGGACGUCUCGAGCUAGCGGCAUGCUGCUCCAUUACAGACCAAUGGGCUCCCAGGACGCCCAGCAGCUUCGCAUGGAGGCUGCAGACGACAAGAAGGUGGCUUCAUUAUGGCUGGCUGCAAUGCACAAGGCGGCCAAGCUGCUGUAUGAAGCUCGGGACCAGUGACGAGCAGAACUGGACCUGCAGGCAGCACACACCCAAGUGUUUUCAACCCAGCGGGGUUCGGUUUCGUUCGGAUUCUUCUUAACGCCGGUUCUGGUUCUGCUUCUCCGUCUGAUUCCUCAUCGGUUCUUGAUACCAGUUUUCUUCUUAUCAUGGUGAUUUUUUUGCAAGAAAUGUUUAUAUGAAACGAGACUUUAUUACCUCUAUAACCAGUACUUUGUACAUAAUGUUUACCACAACUAGGCUGAUUGUUGCUUUAUUUUCUCGUGCGGCAGAGAGUUCUUUAACCCUCUCUGCUCCAGUGCAUAAAUCAGGGCAUGCAGCAUGAAGGUUUCUACAUUAAAAACGUAACAGGAGAAGAAGCCGGUUGAGAUUUCUCGCUACAACGAGGCUUCAACUUUAAUUUGUUUGAUUCCUGUGAAGAAGUCGACAUUUUAAAAUCCACAGAAUGUGACAUUAUAGCAUUCAUAAGCCGUUUUUCACAGUUAAUUCAUACGAUAACUUUACAUGCUGCACUUAAAUUUGUUUAUUUGUUGUGUCAACGAGGAUUUUAUUUCCCGUUAGAUUCAGCUAAACAGAACCAAGUAGGGACUCGAUCAACAGAUCUUCCGUAGAGACGACCGUCUCCUGCAGGUUGAAGGAAAAAUCCACCUUAAAACCCUUUAACACAAGUAGAAAAGCAGCUAUUUGUGAUUUAAUUUGCACUUGGGGUUUCUUAUUUUCUUAAUUUUAGGUAAUCCUACAAAUUAAAAGAUGCUUGACAUCAGAAAAAACCUCCGCUGGAUCCAACUUUGCAGCUCCACAAGCAACUUUGUUUAAUGUUUUUAAAGCGCCACAGCUCAGUAUGGUUUUUAUUUAACAGUACAGCCUCUAAAUUCAUGUGAUAUGAUAAUUUAUUCAUGGAUUUUAACAUCUGUAGCGUCUCCCUAUGAACAGAAAAUAUAUUAAAACACAGUCGUAAUAAUUAAAGUAGUCGUUGACGAGCACUAAAGCUUAAUAAACACCUUAUGUUUCCUCGUAGCUGUUCUGUUCCAGGAUGUUUUCAGUCAUUUACCGCAUAUUGCUGCGUAUAUACUGACUAUAAUACUGUAGUGGAGUGGAUUAGAAAUUUGGCUGCGUUGAAACAGGAGCAUUUAGCCGCUAUAGAGUCAGAUAUUCAUUCACAAAAGUAGAGCUAAAAGAGAACAAAUAUUUGACUUAUUUAUCAAGUGAUUUCACACAAAUUGGCCUCCAAAUGACAUAUAAUGUUGUUUUUUAUCUGCUAGAUGUGUAAACGAGCCACUGUUCGCCGACACAUUCAGACUUUUGCUUCCCUUAUUAGUAAGGAAGGACAAAAUAAGUGAAAUAUCUCAUUAAAGCGACAACAAUAGAUCAUGUGAAAGCUGAAUGUGCAGCUUUACGUAGAGAAAAAGCCUUAAAUCAAACACUAAGCACCAGAUAAAGACAGCUGGGGAACUUAAUGGAGCAAUUAGCUGCAAAUAACUCAGAUAGUUCACUGAGAAGGUGGUGGAGAGCAAAAAUAGAGCUAAAAGAGAACAAAUAUUCGACUUAUUUAUCAAGUGAUUUCACACAAAUUGGCCUCCAAAGGACAUAAAAUGUUGUUUUUUUUAACUGCUAGAUGUGUAAACGAGCAGCUAUUGACUUGUGAAUAAUGAGCAAAGACAAAGUAAAUGACUGAAAGCAUCGUGUGGAAAGUGAAAUGAACCCACUUGGACAAAAGUCUGCCACCAUGUACAGACGUUUAUGUGAAUUAUGACAGAGCAGAGAAAGAAGCUGAUCCAGUGGAUGUCAGAUAUCGCCAUACAAUGUCAGGUUUUUGGUUUUAAAAUCAGAAAGUACUGCCUCUUUAGAGCAGCAGGUUGGGUUCAGGGCAGCACAGAGAGGCAUUCUGGGUAAUGUAGGAUUCUCAUAAUGAAGUAAGAAGAAGAAGCAACAGGGCGGCUCCUGAAAUCACAGAUUUAUGUAAAAGUGAAGUUGAACGGUGGAUUUUUCCUUCAGCUGUGGCGACAGUUCAUGUUUCUCUGUAAAACACGGUUAGAAACUCUUUGCGCUACAAGUACGUACAGAUUUAGCGUCUUUAAGCCUCUGAGGAAACGUCGACUAUUCACUGAUUCUAGUGAAGCAUAAACACAUAAUUGAAAUGCUUUAAAUGUCGUUUCAUGUAUUGAAGUUUUGUACGAGCUAUUUUGUUAAAUUUUCCUACUUUAACACCAAGCCGUGUACGUACUCACAUAAUUUUUAAAGCUGAAGUAUAGUUUUUGUAAUACUUGGAUACACUUCUUCCUUCUGUCACUCUUAAGACCUAUUCGGGUUUUCAGUUUUUAUGUUUUUGUCGAUGUCGUCGCGCAGAACCACAACCAGGAAGUGAACCCGCCACCAGUCCGUCGGGUCGGCUUGUCGGCUCCUGGUUGAGGUGGUUGGCUGUCAGCUGAGCUUCCAAGGACCUACUUUAAACUGAAACGUGAUGGUUAAAGUGCUGAGCGCAGGAGAAAAUAGAAUCUCUGCCUGCUUUACAGCCAAAUAAACCGCCAUGGAUGGUAACUGCGUAAAAAAGGUUGCAGAAAGUUGACCUCAGUUUGUUCCUCUUGUGUUCGUAAACACCAAGUAUUCUUUAAAAAUCUAAUGAAAGUGGCUUUUAUUCAUUCAAACCUCAUUUCUGAUAUUAAAGCAGCAGCUUUUCGGUGUUUCAAGGCAUCUUCUGUCCUGAAACAUCCCUUAAAAUUGGAACAAAAAUGGAGAAAACCUUAACGUUGAAGAAAAGUAACACCACAGUUAAAAACAAAUACGCUAACCAUGUUUCUGUAAUUAUUUUUAUGUGCAUUCUAAUGUAGAAGAAGUCCCAAUUUUGCAGAAAUACAGUUUUUACACUCAACUACACACAGUUACGGGACUAGCUGGUGAACUCAUUCUGUCAUUUAGCUGCUAAAGAGACCAGUGUUUUAUUAAGGAGGCGGUGGAGACCAAAAAUGGAGCUAAAAAAGAACAAAUAAUGGAUUUACUCCUGAAAUUCAACACUUGGAUUCAAACCAAACAAGACAUUCAGACACCUUACGGAGUUGAAAAGGUUCCAGAAAGUUGGUAGGAAGUAGAAAAAGUUCGAUAAAAAAAACUUCCCAGUUUUGCAAAAACACUGUUUUCGCUUGAGGUGGUUUUUGAAUUCACCUAUAAAGAGUUAAUGCGCUUCAAGGGAGACGGAAACAGUUUUUCUUAGAAUAUAGUAUUUUACUGUUGGUGACAGAUGACCUACUGUAGUCAAUAAAGUGGCACGUUUACUAAUAAAACUUAAUAAGAAUUGUUGAUUUUCAAGUCUGAUGUAGAUAUAUGUAAUCCAAAACAAAAAACAAAUGAUUUCUGCUGCAAAAGUUAGAUUGUUUCUUAAAGUCCCAAAGAAAUAUGCGCUUCAUGUUCCUUUUGUUCGACACAAAUCAGAACGGAGCAACUGGAGAAACAAUGGACGAGUGGUUUUUGGAAAGCAGAUACUACAAAGAGGAACAAACUGGAGGAAAACGCAUCCGAUGGGACCUUUUAGUCGACAUUUUUCGCUGCUUUACUGCACAACAAGUUUAUCUGUUUAAGCCCCGACGCCCGAGAUGUUUAACCUUAAAUUUCACAACGUGUUUGUAGUCUUGAGGAAACACACGAUCUGAAGUGUAAAUGUACGUGGAGUUAACUGAGCUGUUGUGAUGCAAAAGAAGUCCACUUGCAGGCUUUGCUUUGUUAAAUCCUGAGCUUUCAGCGGAGCGUCGUGGUCUUCAUGGACGACAGAAGCGAUUAAAAAGCCUCUAAGUGGAAGAUGAAUUGCAAUUAUUAUUAUUUCUAUCCAACUGCUUCGCUCACUCCACUUUCCAAAUGAGUAGAUGUUAGAAAUGCUCAGCCGCUAACACUUCAUGCUACGUUCAGCUCAGAUUAUCGUUGACUUCUCGUGAUUUGCAGGUUUUUGCAGACAUCUGUAAGUCUUCCCUUUUUUCUAAGCUCGGACAAAAAGACCUCCAAGUCUGUAAAAUGUGAUGUUUUUUUUUUUUUUACUCCCCCCCCACCCCCCCUUUCGUCCACCACCUCACCUCCACUCUGAAGUGACAUAAAGUUUAUUUUUAUACGCUGCUCACCUAAGAACUGAAGUCCCUCCUUGUCGUUUGGUUUGAUGCUUUCAGAACAGAGAUGAAGGUGUUUUUGUGUUGUAAUCCAGUUAUGUUCUGCCGUGAAGUGAUGUGAGGGGCUGCACAGGUGUCCAAAAUGAGGAAGUAAUUGACCUUUCAUAGUUGAUCGAGCAGUUAUACCAAGACGUGCCACACAAAAAUAAAAACAUUAGUAUGUUUUUGAAUUUUCAAACCCCUAAAUGUGUGCUUAAACAUGGGAGUUUUUAUCAUGGCUUCUUUUUUCUUUUAUAUAUUUCAAUUCACCGAUAAUCGGAGAUGAUUCGAUCUAUUUGUCCAAUAUUUUAGAUUCCAAAUCAAUAAUAUGAUGAGAAAUAACACAGAAAAUUUCAAGUUUUUAUCUUUAAUAGUUCCUCAGAUGUUGUCGUUCAAACAGACUCAAAUUUAAAUGUGUGAAAGGCACUUUUUAAAUAAUUACUUUUUCAUUUCUCUCGGAAAGUAUUUGAUAUGUCGGUGUGAAAAAUCCACAAGCAUCUGUAUAAAUAGGCAGAAAUAGUUGUAAAAAAAGUGAAGACCCUGCUUUUUAUUUUGGUUUUUGGUAUAUUUAAUAAAAUCAUGCUGAAUUUUACCUGAUAAAAAAAGUCUACAGUCGACCAUGAAGCUCACUUUGGAGUUUGUUUUUCACCACGACAACCCAGAAAAAGAGGAGAAUUGCUCAUCAAAAACACCAAAUCUAUUGACUAUGCUAAAACUGUGCAGCCCCUUCUUUUAAGUUAGUAUUGUAAGUUUGCACUACGUGUAGAAUCACCAAGUCGUCACUCAGCCAGUGUUUGUUCCUGCACUUUAUACCCACCCCACUACACUUCUUGUUCCCACAACGCUUCAUUUGUUUUCGCUGAAAAUGCUUCACUGCUCCCUCUGUUGGAUCAUUCUGUUGAGAAUAAAAUCAAGUGUUUCUAUA